UAUGUCGGGUUAAUGAAGAUUUAUUGCCGGAUAAGGGCAUUAUCGUUCAUUGUUUUUAUUGCACGGAGUUUUGCUGCGGGAACAGGUGUAUUAUGUCUGACUGUCAAUGCCGAAAUGGAGAACCGGUAACAAAAUAUUAAAGAAAAAAAAAUAUUGCAGGGUGUUUUGCCAGCAAGGUCAUUUAAGGUAUUACACAAGGGGUUUGUCCUGAUUAUGGGGCGUAUUGUAGGAUGGAUGAAAUUGGGGCUGGCGUCAGAGACAAGUCCAUCGAGCCUACAAGUUGCACUGUUCACAGUGUUUCCACUGUCCGCGUUUCCGUUUGAUCGACCUAAUCCUUUGAAUGCAUAGGAGCACUUUUAACAUAGUGUUUUAUACAUGAAACACCCUGCGCAGUAAAAAAACAGUAUAAGUACGGCUUUCUUCCGAUCGCAUUUGUUUGUGAUGUCCGUGGUAUUAAAACGGAAAUCAAUUUUUAAUCAGCAUGCGGCUGAACGGACAUCCCUGAUGCUUUUAGAGUCAUGAAAGGAGAGCAUUUGUUCCCCAAGAUGAGAAACACCGCGUUCUACCAACACUUUUAUCUCCUGGGUGGAGAGGAGCUGCUUGUCCUGCAGAACUCUAUUGGAGACCCGUUGCUGGACGACGGACUCCACCACAUCACCGACUUCAACGAUCUGCCCACCUCCCUAUUUGCUUGCAAUGUGGACCAGUCUGUGUUUGAGGAGCAGGAGGGGAAGGAGAUGUUUGAGUCGCUGUUCCUUGCGUACGACGACCGUGUGACGUUCCAGCUCUUCAAGAGCUUCCGUCGCGUGCGGAUCAGCUUCAGCAACCCCAAGGCGGCCGCCACAGCCAGGAUAGAGCUCCACGAGACCCCGUUUAGAGGCAAGAAGCUGAAGCUUUACUUCGCCCAGGUACAGAACCCCGUCUCUGAUGGGGACAAUCUGCUCUUGGCUCCCCCCAACCCAUCCAAGCAGUUCCUCAUCUCCCCGCCGGGUUCACCGCCUGUCGGGUGGCAGCAAAUCGACGACGCCACGCCCGUCAUUAACUACGACCUGCUGUACGCAGUGGCUAAGCUGGGACCCGGAGAGAAGUAUGAGCUCCAUGCAGGAACUGAGUCCACACCCAGCGUAGUGGUCCACGUCUGUGACAGUGACGCCGAGGAUGAGGAGGAGCCUAAAAAUUGCCCCAAACCAAAAAUAGUCCAGACCCGGCGCCCUGACCUACCUGUGUCUCACUGAACUAACCCGAGCCCCCACGCUCCACCACAGGGAGGGCUUCUUCAGAGGAACAGCGCCCCCAUCUGCUCAUUGCUCUCCUGGCCAUUCCCAGCUCCACAGGGGCUCUUCCUCUGUUUCUUUUCCACCGUACAGCCGUUCAUGUCUGUUCAUGCCUCCCUUUCCCAAAACAAAAACAGAUCGGUCUUCUUGGCUUUGCUUUGUGUACAGUGAGUUGUCCUUCCCCCCUCCUCUUGCAGAUACAUUUGGGGGUGGGAGGGGGUGUUCAAGCCUGCUUGAAGCCCACCCUUCAAUCAGUCCUGAGCCUUGUGCGCCUUGACACACAGCAUUCCAUUCCAAUACAGAGUGUGUAGAGUGUGUGCGUUCAUAAGGGUCUGCCAGUACCUCAGGAGGCUGCAGAGCGACUCUGCACAGAGACUCUGCACAGAGACUCUGCACAGCGACUCUGCACAGCGACUCUGCACUGUUAGGUGGGGGUGGGGGUGGGGAUGAGCUCGGCAUGGGUAAUCUCACAGUCCAAGAAUGAUUCUCCUAAAACCUGCUUCACACUGCUGAAAACCCACAGGAACCUUUUGGAUCUUAAUAACGCAUGCACUGUUCUUCUAGUUUGCAUAUUGACCUUGUUCUGUUUUUAGUGUGCAACAGUCCAUUCCAAAAAAAAAAUUUAAAUAAAUAAAAAUCCAAAAGCGUUUCUGUGACUUCAGCUUCCAGUGUUACUCACAGAAUAUAAUACCAAUAAUGACUGGCGAGACAUGUAAGAUGUUAUGAUUCUGUGAUUGAUUUUUAUUUUUUAAUUCUUCAGUGUGAAUGUUCUGUGUACCAUCAUGUCACUUCUUAAAAAAAAAAAAGGAAAAAUCUGUACAGACUGUGCACUUCUUAAAGACAAGCAAACAGCAGCCAACAAUACAUCACAAAGCAAAGCUAGUCUUUUGUAAAAUGCAUGUUUAUAUGUUUAUAUGUAUAAUUGUGUUCACAAGACCCGUCUCUCACACACAAACAUGCACACACACUAAGUUUCUGUGCAAUUUUACGUACCUCCGCUGAGCGCAAGAAACAUUUAAACUACUUUUGCAUUUCAUGAACACAAAUGCAUGAUCCUCAAACGGCAAGAAUUAGUCGCAAAGAAAAAAAAACAAUCCUAAAAGUGCUAUUAUACAGCUGCUUGCAGAAAGAUUGAGAGAGUAACCCAUCCAUCUUUUUAUCUGUCUUGUGUCUAGUAUUUUUCUGUGAAACUGAUUGUAGGCAAUGCUUCGCUUUCACUUAACCCCUUUGAGCUCAUGCUAAGAUGAUAAAUCAUUUGCUAUAUUGUCUAGAGAUGUUUUUUUUUGCCAAAUCACAUGAUCUGACUUCUUCCACACAGAAUUUAUAUAUCAACACUGUGACUUGCCACAACUGUGACAUGAUAAUUUCACUACAUUUUAAAAUGGCUUUUAUCUCCAUUUUCAUGUUUUUUUUCUUUGUUCUUCAGGGUCAGAGGCUUAAUUGCCUUCAAUAAAGAUUCAAAGGAUUGCUGAUAUACUAAAAAUACACUUAAAAAUACAGUUGUAUUACCAUUCUUGUUAUGUUAUGUAAUCGUAAUGGCAACAACUGCCUUUGCUUGGCAUAUUUUUCUCCUCUUGUAAAGCUUGCAAACUUUAGUAGAAAUAACUUAUUUUCAUAUGUUGCAUCAACCUUCCAUCCAAUACCUCCUGACUAGGGCAUGUAAUUCACCAGGAAUCAAGAGUUUCACUCCAGCGCAACAGGGUAUUUCUCCUCAGCUCAAGGAAAUCGCAGCUCGAUACAAGACACCACACCGCCACAGCUCCGUGUGUUCAUAUAAGCCAGGUCUUUCACCAUGCUAAAGAUAUGGGUCAUUAUAGGGAAAUAAAUCAUUGAGUUUUUGCGUUUUACUCCAAUGGGUGGAUUCCCCGUAACCCUAACCCUCCUUUAUUGGCUACAUCUCAGAAUGUUCAGACUAAGCGUGCUGUUGUGCAGCGUAAAGACAACGUCAUGGCCGCCAUAUUGUCCUCUGACUCAUAUCAGCAUUUGACGCAAGUCUAUUUGCAACACACCAGAGGCGUUUAUAGAUGUUGAAUGAUAUAGUUCUAUGUUCAUGGUCACGACAAAGGUAAACUGGUCUCAAUUUCGUCCUCCAGCUGUCUUAAAACCCUGUGCUUUUAUGACAUUUAUGUACAUUUUAUUUUUCCGCAACCUUUUCUAUCUCUCUUUUUACUGUUUUGUUUUCCUUCCAGAAAAUAUGAUGUGAUUCUGUGUCCUGAAAGUCUAUUGAAACUGAAAGUAGAUCAAAUGACGUUACGUUAUACCUGUAUUGUGUGUCUGUGCGUACUGCCGGAUCAUCGAUGUACCUGUUAUGUCAACUUGUGUGAAUUGCCUGCCUACACCACGCGGAGACAUAUCUGUAUAUAUUAAUCAAUACUAUUUUUACUGCAUUUUUGUACAAAUAUUCAUGGUAGCCAUGUAUAAGUAGUUCAACUGAUUCUACUGUAGUAAUAAAAGAGUUUGGUUUUAAACGUG